AUGGUGAGCAGGGGCGUCGGAAGCAGAAUGGAGCGUUGUUCUCCGUUUCGCAGGUUGCUCCUCACCGCAAAUAUCUUCGCAACGCUGGCAACGGGCCUGCAAUUCCAGCUGCGCUCCUACAACGCCACGACCACGGCCGUGGGACUGCCUUACGCUUGUGUCGAGAUCGAGGAGGGGACGCCUUCGUUCCCCGGGAACCGGGCUGAAACGCCCGAAGAUUGCGCCAAAAACUGCGUGUCGCAAGGUACGUAGCUGCACGACAUGGGUUACGAUUUUUUUUUGCCCUGCAUAUCAUAAGGUAUGCACGUCGGUGAUUGUGAUGUGAGUGAAUAACUACGCACUGGUGUAGGGAACGUUAUCUCCAUGAGCAUGUACAUGUUGAUGAUGAUGUGAAAAAUGUGUAAAUCAAAAUAAACACAUUUACAACAGGUGAGAUCUACCCCUACUUCACGAUGCAGAAGGACGAUUGUGUUUGUUACGCGACUGUGGAGAUCGGGAAAAUUGUGAACCCGGCGCAAUGCUCGAACAAGUGCGCUGGCGAUCCGAAGAAGAAGUGUGGUGGCGAAGGAAAGCUGGCGAGUCUGUACAGCGGAUUGCCGUGUAGCUCCUUGUAG